AUGGAGGGAAACAUGCACCUCCUCCAGGUCAUCCGCAAGAUGCGUUCCCAAAUCAACAAGCUGGAGAGGGAAAACAGGGCCCUGAGAGGAGAGCUGCAGGUCUGCAGGCAGAGUGUGGCGCCGCUGGAGAGAGGAGCAGCAAGAGGAGGUGGGAACGGCGACGUGAGGAGCCUCGCUGAUGAUGGGGAAGGACCGGCUGGCCCUCCAGCAUCCCUGCAUGGAAACAUCGCAGCCGGUCCUCCUCCCGCACCAAAGGAGCAGACAGGGUCAGGCUGUUGGCUCUGCUUUUGUCUCUGCUACUCAGAUACCACCAUGACGGUGCGGCGCUACCCCACUCCUUUGCCAGCGCCUGCUUCUUCUGCCGCGCGGUCCCAACAGAGGCCCCCGAGCAAUGGGCUCCCGGAGGUGCCGGGCCGUGCCCCGCCACCAGCCCCUCCUGCCGCAACACAGCUCGACAGCGGGGAGGAGAAGGGGCUCCAAAAAACACUGGCCAACUGCCUCUCCAACAGCCAUUCCAGGAAAACGGAGCUGUUUCAGGGGCAUGUCUAUAGGUGCAGGGGUAAAGUAAAGGCCGUUAGUUUCCUCUUACCAAUGGAUAUGUCAUCAUAUGCUGAAAAUCGGGGUUCUCUCAAAAGCCCACAGAAUCAGAGCACAAAACGGUUAACCACCAUCACUGAAAAGGAUAUGUGAGCUGGUGAAUUUUUAAAGGCCCAUUGAUUCUUGAGAUAAAUUGGCCUUAAAUGAUAGCUACGUGUCAGGUUCCUUUCCUGCAAAACGCUUUGGCAGGGUGCCUGCGGAGAACC